CCGGCGGGAGCGGCGCGGCACCGCGCACUCACCUGCAGAAGAAGUCCCUGGCGGCCGGCGGAAGCGGCACGGCACCGCGCACUCACCUGCAGAAGAAGUCCCUGGCGGCCGGCGGGAGCGGCGCGGCACCGCGUACUCACCUGCAGAAGGAGUCCCUGGCAGCCGGCGGGAGCGGCGCGGCACCGCGUACUCACCUGCAGAAGAAGUCCCUGGCAGCCGGCGGGAGCGGCGCGGCACCGCCUACUCACCUGCAGAAGGAGUCCCUGGCAGCCGGCGGGAGCGGCGCGGCACCGCGUACUCACCUGCAGAUGAAGUCCCUGGCGGCCGGCGGGAGCGGCGCGGCGCCGCGUACUCACCUGGAGAAGUCCCUGGCGGCCGGCGGGAGCGGCGCGGCGCCGCGCACUCACCUUCAGAAGAAGUCCCUGGAGGCCGGCGGGAACGGCGCGGCGCCGCGUACUCACCUGCAGAAGAAGUCCCUGGCGGCCGGCGGGGGCGGCGCGGCGCCGCGUACUCACCUGGAGAAGUCCCUGGCAGCCGGCGGGAGCGGCGCGGCACCGCGUACUCACCUUCAGAAGAAGUCCCUGGCGGCCGGCGGGAACGGCGCGGCAGCGCGUACUCACCUGCAGAAGAAGUCCCUGGCGGCCGGCGGGAGCGGCGCGGCACCGCGUACUCACCUGCAGAAGAAGUCCCUGGCGGCAGGCGGGAGCGACGCGGCACCGCGUACUCACCUGCAGAAGAAGUCCCUGGCGGCCGGCGGGAGCGGCGCGGCACCGCGUACUCACCUGCAGAAGAAGUCCCUGGCGGCCGGCGGGAGCGGCGCGGCACCGCGUACUCACCUGCAGAAGAAGUCCCUGGCGACCGGCGGAAGGGCCGCGGCGCCGCGCAGCAGCGAGCGCAGCACCGCGCCCGCGCACGCCACGUCGCCAGCCGCACGGCACCUGCGCCGCGCACCCACACUAUACUAG